AUGGGUUUCCCUCCGAGUAGUUCCCCAGCUACUCGGCAGAUGAGAUUCAUUGCGCCAGUUUCCCCUUUGAGUAGUUCCCCAGCUAGUCAUGGAACUCAUUGCGCCCAAAAAGACUUCUGGUAUGUCCAUUCAAUUUCACGCACCCGCUGUCCAAAAUACUGA